AUGGACCUAUAUUUUUCCAUAGGUCUGCCUGACUCUGGAAUGGAGAGUCUCCUCAGGGAUUCAGACACUUCUCUUGAAUCCACUCAGGCAGAGGACAAAGACAAAAACAUCUUUCCCUCGGAUGCUCUUUCCUCAUCUUCACCUCUGGCUGAACACAAAACUCAUUCUGCUGAUGACCACAGAUCACCUGUCAGAGGCAAGAGCCAUUGGGGUCACUUUGACUCUUAUGACGACUCAGAGGAAUGUGUUGGCAUUGUGACACUGCCAAACCAAGUCAAAGAUAAAGCAGUGAAAAGGGGAUUUGUGUUCAAUCUGAUGGUUGUCGGUGAGUCAGGCUUAGGCAAGUCCACUCUGGUUGACAGCCUUUUCCUCACAAACCUCUAUAUAGACAGACGCAUACCAGUUGCUUCAGAAAAAAUAGCUCGGACUGUAUCGAUAACGAAAAGCACUGUAGACAUUGUUGAAGAGGGUGUAAAUCUAAGACUCACUGUAAUCGACACUCCUGGUUUUGGUGACGCUCUUGAUAACUGUGAAAGCUGGAAGGCGGCACUUCAUUAUGUAAACCAGCAGAUGGUGAAGUACUACAAAGAUGAGGUCGGGGUGAACCGUCAGAACAUCAGGGACAACCGAGUUCACUGCUGCCUGUACUUCAUCUCUCCUCACGGUCAUGGUCUCAGACCAAUUGAUGUGAAGUUUAUGAAGGCUCUAGAGCAGAAGGUCAACAUUGUGCCUGUGUUGGCCAAAGCAGACAGUCUCACUCCGAAAGAGACCCGCAACAUGAAAGCCAAGAUUUUAAGUGAGAUACACAAACACAAAAUCAAGAUCUUUCAGGUCCCAGCAUGUGACCCGGAUGAUAAUCAUCUCCACAGACAGCAGGAUUUAGAGCUAAAGAGAAGCAUUCCCUUUGCUGUUGUUGGGAGUAACACAGUAAUCGAUGUUAACAGCAGGAGGGUUCGAGCCCGUGUCUAUCCAUGGGGAACAGUAGAAGUGGAGAAUCCAGCUCACAGUGAUUUUGUGCAUCUGAGGAACAUGUUGAUCCGCACACACAUGCAGGACCUGAAACACACCACCCACCACGUGCUGUAUGAGAAUUAUCGCAUAAACCACCUGUGCGAGAAUUUGGGGAAUGUGUGAGGAUCUGGCAACUGGAUAACAGACAGAAACAUUGAAUACUAGGAAAGAAAUACAGCAUAUAUAAAAUGGAGUUUAAAUGUCGAAAAAAAAUAUAUUUUUAUU